CACCCCCACUCCCCUUGCCUGUGUGUGUUCCGCACAGAAGAGGGGACCAGGAGAGCAGUCCAGGCUCGGCGCGCGGCGGAGCUGCGGCUCUUCCUGUGGCUGGGGGGAGCGGCGAGGUGGCCGCCUUGCGCCUCCUCGGACUUCCCAAGUGGGGGCAGAGCAACCGCUCACCGAGCCGCCAGUUAGAAGGCACAGGGAAAGAGGGACGGCCAAACUCCUCCUCAGCAUCUCCUCUCCACCCCCUUUUGGCUCCUGCCCUUCGAGAAAGUGGAGUGUGGCUCUUGGUUAUCCUUAUUUCUUCGGACUGCUUAGUGGUGCACGGAUUCAGCGGCUUCCCAGUGGGGUUUUCCGCUGUUGGCGCGUCUCUCUGUGUGGUUCCGCCCGGCACACCUCUGUCGACGAUGAGGAAAGGUCUACGGGCGACAGCGGCCCGCUGCGGACUGGGACUGGGAUACGUGUUGCAAAUGCUCGUGCUACCUGCCCUGGCCCUCCUCAGUGCCAGCGGUACCGGCUCGGCCGCUCAAGAUGACGACUUUUUUCAUGAACUCCCAGAAACCUUUCCAUCUGAUCCACCUGAACCUCUACCACAUUUUCUUAUUGAGCCUGAAGAAGCUUAUAUUGUGAAGAAUAAGCCUGUGAACCUGUAUUGUAAAGCCAGUCCCGCCACCCAGAUCUACUUCAAGUGCAAUAGUGAAUGGGUUCAUCAGAAGGACCACAUAGUAGAUGAGAGAGUAGACGAAACCUCUGGUCUCAUUGUCCGGGAAGUGAGCAUUGAGAUUUCGCGCCAGCAAGUCGAAGAACUAUUUGGGCCUGAAGAUUACUGGUGCCAGUGUGUGGCCUGGAGUUCAGCGGGCACCACAAAGAGCAGAAAGGCCUACGUGCGCAUCGCAUAUCUACGGAAGACAUUUGAGCAGGAACCCCUGGGAAAGGAAGUAUCCUUGGAACAGGAAGUGUUGCUCCAGUGUCGACCACCUGAAGGGAUCCCAGUGGCUGAGGUGGAAUGGUUGAAAAAUGAAGACAUAAUUGAUCCCGUUGAAGAUCGGAAUUUUUAUAUUACUAUUGAUCACAACCUCAUCAUAAAGCAGGCCCGUCUCUCAGAUACUGCAAACUACACCUGUGUGGCCAAAAACAUCGUUGCUAAGAGGAAAAGCACGACAGCAACUGUCAUAGUCUAUGUCAAUGGUGGCUGGUCCACCUGGACAGAGUGGUCUGUGUGUAAUAGCCGCUGUGGACGAGGAUAUCAGAAGCGCACAAGGACCUGCACCAACCCAGCACCACUCAAUGGUGGUGCCUUCUGUGAGGGGCAGAGUGUGCAGAAAAUAGCCUGUACCACCUUAUGCCCAGUGGAUGGCAGGUGGACUUCAUGGAGCAAGUGGUCUACUUGUGGGACUGAGUGCACGCACUGGCGCAGGAGGGAGUGCACGGCGCCCGCCCCCAAGAACGGAGGCAAGGACUGUGAUGGCCUCGUCUUGCAAUCCAAGAACUGCACUGAUGGGCUUUGCAUGCAGAGUUUCCUUUAUCCUAUUUCAACUGAACAGAGAACCCAGAAUGAAUAUGGAUUUUCUUCUGCUCCUGACUCAGAUGAUGUUGCUCUGUAUGUCGGCAUCGUGAUAGCUGUGAUAGUUUGCCUGGCCAUUUCUGUAGUGGUGGCCCUAUUUGUGUAUCGCAAGAACCAUCGCGACUUUGAGUCUGAUAUUAUUGACUCCUCGGCACUCAAUGGAGGCUUUCAGCCCGUGAACAUCAAGGCAGCGAGACAAGAUCUCCUGGUGGUACCCCCAGACCUCACAUCGGCCGCAGCCAUGUACAGAGGACCCGUCUAUGCUUUGCAUGAUGUCUCAGACAAAAUCCCAAUGACUAACUCUCCAAUUCUGGAUCCACUGCCCAACCUGAAAAUCAAAGUCUACAACACCUCAGGUGCAGUCACCCCCCAAGAUGACCUCUCUGAGUUCGCAUCAAAGCUUUCUCCUCAGAUGACCCAGUCCUUGUUGGAGAAUGAGGCCCUCAACGUGAAGAAUCAGAGUCUAGCGAGACAGACUGACCCAUCCUGUACUGCGUUUGGCACCUUCAACUCUCUGGGGGGUCACCUCAUUGUUCCCAAUUCAGGAGUAAGCUUGCUGAUUCCCGCUGGGGCCAUUCCCCAAGGGAGAGUCUACGAAAUGUAUGUGACUGUACACAGGAAAGAAAAUAUGAGGCCUCCCAUGGAAGACACCCAGACACUCUUGACCCCUGUGGUGAGCUGUGGGCCUCCCGGAGCUCUGCUGACCCGCCCUGUCAUUCUCACCAUGCAUCACUGCGCAGAUCCCAAUACCGAAGACUGGAAGAUACAGCUCAAGAACCAGGCAGUACAGGGACAGUGGGAGGAUGUGGUGGUGGUUGGGGAGGAGAACUUCACCACCCCCUGCUACAUUCAGCUGGAUGCAGAGGCUUGCCACCUCCUCACGGAGAACCUUAGCACCUAUGCCCUGGUCGGGCAGUCCACCACCAAAGCUGCUGCGAAGCGCCUGAAGCUGGCUAUCUUCGGGCCACUUUGCUGCUCCUCUCUGGAGUACAGUGUUCGAGUCUACUGUCUGGACGAUACGCAGGAUGCCCUGAAGGAAGUACUGCAGCUUGAGAGACAGAUAGGAGGACAGCUCCUAGAAGAACCUAAGGCUCUUCAUUUUAAAGGCAGCACCCACAACCUGCGCCUGUCGAUUCACGAUAUCGCCCAUUCGCUCUGGAAAAGUAAAUUGCUGGCGAAAUACCAGGAAAUUCCUUUUUAUCAUAUCUGGAGUGGGUCUCAAAGGAACCUCCACUGCACCUUCACCCUGGAAAGAUUUAGCCUGAACACCGUGGAGCUGGUCUGCAAACUCUGCGUGCGGCAAGUGGAAGGAGAAGGGCAGAUCUUCCAGCUCCACUGCACCGUGUCCGAGGAACCCACUGGCAUUGAUCUGCCUCUGCUGGACCCCGCGAGCACCAUCACCACCAUGACCGGCCCUGGCGCUUUCAGCAUUCCUCCCCCCAUCCGGCAGAAGCUCUGUAGCAGUCUGGACGCCCCACAGACCAGAGGGCAUGACUGGAGGAUGCUGGCCCAUAAGCUGAACCUGGACAGGUACUUGAAUUACUUUGCCACCAAAUCCAGCCCAACUGGCGUAAUCCUGGAUCUCUGGGAAGCACAGAACUUCCCAGAUGGAAACUUGAGCAUGCUGGCGGCCGUCCUGGAAGAAAUGGGAAGGCAUGAAACAGUAGUAUCGUUAGCAGCAGAAGGACAGUACUGACCCACACCACAACUGGAAAUGAAGGGCGGGAAUGCACUGGGGGUCUGUGGCCGUCCAGGGCUUGGCCGUUGGCAAGGAAAUCCAGAAUGGACCACAACCGAUGAGUUUCACAGGCAAGACUGUAAGCGGGAGAGAAAAGGAAACAGACACAACUGCUGGACCGACACGCCCACUUCACCAGGACAUCCUCACAGGACUUAAGAACAAUUGUGUAAAUUUGUACCUUGACUUUAGAAAUCGACCUAAUUUUCCUCUUAGUUGGGCUGUAUGCUGUGUGGUACAGGAUCUUACAGUUUCCUAGGAAACGCUUUUUAUUGCUAUCCAGGUAUAUGGAUAAACUUUCUUAACAAACCCAAUUUCUACAAACGUUGUUUACAUCAAAUUGGACAGGGAGGCAGACGCUGUCCAUGGCUCGUUCUAUUUUUGUUUAAAUCAUUUGAAGUUGAAGCUGUGGACGGUUUGUUGUGUCUAUUUCAGAUGAGUAAUUCACAGAGAAAUCACAGACUUUUGCUAUAAACUGUGUACAUCAAGUGUCUCAGAUAACCCUCCCAUCGGUGUUCUGUUUCUAGAACUUGUAGAACCAGUGUUACUGUUUGUAUCAGGGAAGUGGAGAAUCUAAGUAUAAAGGAGAAAUAACUAAUAUUCCUUAUUCCUCGAGGGUACCCGUCUGGUCACCCUCUGGGAACAAAGCUGUAGCAUUGCAGGGAAGACAGUGAUUCAUGUUUAACCACACGAACAAGCAUUUUUUCACCACAUGUGUGUUUGUAAGAUGCAAUUUGAAGUGUUUUUUUUUUUUUUAUAAAGAAAGGUAUCAUUAUUAUUAUUAUCACUAUUAUUAUUGAUGAGUAUUUACAAGUAUUCUAGUAAAAGGAUUUUCUUUUAACUUCUGUUUUUGUUAGCAGUACUGUUAGCAUUUAGAUAUUGCCUAGACCUGCCUCACCUUCUGAUGGAAUAAGGUGGACAUGGUCACCAGUUUAUAACAGGCUUUGCCUCCUUGAGCUAUCUUUCUUGCAUCCUUCUGCCCCAGAAACAUAGUCAAUGCUUACUGCCUUUGUCAGUCUCUUCUUUCAGCUGGCUCAGGCAAGGUCUUCCUCCUCCAAGUCUUGUUGUGAGAAGCAUUCCCUACUGAAGUUCACUGAACAUUGUGGUUCUGUGACCUCCCGGGUACUCUGUCCACUUGAGAGGUUGUGUGCAUGGAGGACAGCCUCUGAGCUGGCAACUGGAAAACCGGUUCUCGUUCUGGGUGUGUAACUGGCUAGUUGUGUUCCCCUGGGGAAGUUAUUUAACCUCACUGGACCUCAGUUCCCUCAGAUGUCAAAUGAAGGGGUGGCAGUAGCAGGUCUUCUCAAGGGUCUAAAAUGCUGAUCUCCUACAGUGAUGUCUCUAGCUCCUUCAUCAGUCCGAGGACCACCAUGGACUCUGACCUCGAUCACUGAAGGAGUCAGCUAGUCUCUUACCCAGGCUACAGUCUGCCUUCCAAACAGUUCCAGCUUGGAAGACGAGGAUUCUAACUUCUAACCUAUUUCUCACACUUUCAAGCCUUGUCUUUGAUAGCUUGCCAAGAGAUAGCAUCCCUUUAUUAUCAUUUUCUUUCCUUUCUUGGGACCACUUGUCCUCCUGACUGAUUGCAAAUUAUGUUCUGUUAUUGUCUUAAUCAGACUUUUUUAAAUUAAAAAAAUUAACUGAGAAGUAAGUAGUCAAAAGACUACUUUGUAUAAACUAUGGUAUUUCCUUAGAAAUGUCACAGGCUCUUUGUUUUAACCCAGGGACUCACUUCAUUCAGCAAGUGGGAAAUAAAGGGUCCGCAGCCCAGUAGCCAAAACACGAUUGACUACAAGCACGGAUGUGGGUGAAUCAGAACCUUCGGAACAUGGCUGUGGUCGACUUUUGGGCUGGAGGUAUACACAUUGCUAACUGGAGUUGAAUUAGAAAUCAUUCUGUAUAUUUUCCUCCUUCUUUACACGUGUAUUUCCUCUUCUAUUUUGCUGACUUCUUGAUAUUCCCAAGACUCCUCCAUUCCCCUCAUUGAGGAACUACUGAUAAUCUGGUGUGGAGCAUCUGUUCUCACCCCUUCUGUUAAGAAACUUACCUUCUUAUCUUCCGUCUCUCUCGGGCCACCCUCUGCAUCACACAUCCAUAUAUGCUAUGCUAAUGUGAAAGGAAGAAUUUGCAGUAGUAAGUUCAUUGGAUAAUGUUUGCACCAACGCGUAUUUGACCAAAAGAUAGUAUCACUUUAUUCUACAUAAAAAGAUUUUUAAAUACCUAUUUUUUUAAAAGGAGGAGGAGGAGGAAAGAGAGCUAUUGUCCAUUACUUCAAUUAGAAAUAACUUCUCAAGAUUUGCGCAUCGCUCCUGGCUUGGGAUCUGCCAUCUACAGAAAUCAAGAAUUAGAAAUCUGAAGAAUGCUCAGAAGAGCUUCCAUGCCUUGUGAAAAGGGAAGAGUGUUGAUUCCUUCUACGUGAGGUACUCAUCUGUCAUAGAACCUGUCAUGUUCCCCGUCGAGUGAAUGGCAACUCCCUUAUGUACAACACACCAUUUAUGUCCAAUAAUUUUCACUACGAAUUCUGAUUUCCUUCUCCUUUGGAGUAAAAUAAUAGCUGUUAGAUUGCUCUCAAACUUAGAAGGUCCGGAUUCAACAGUUCAUUUCAUAGAGAGCCGCUUCAUCAUUCUACCUGACAUGUCCUGCCUUUGAUUCCUAGGGCUUCCAUGUGGCUUAUGGGGAAAGACCAGCUUACUUUGGUUGGACCAGAUAAAGCCCCACCUAUCACUUGUGCAUGGUGCCAUCUAGUGGUGCACAAUGCAAUCUACCUUGAGUUUAACAAAAAUUCACUAAAAGUUAACAAAGGGAAUUAAUAGCUGCAGAGUCAACGGGACCUUUAUGUCAGGUAGCUGUGGGUAAAUUUUCACUUCAAACAUAUAGUUUUCUUAUUGUUACACUCUUUUACUUAAAAUACCCAUACCAAAAUUACAUCGAGGCUAGUAGGUCAUCAACUCCUUCACACAACCACAGGUCUGGAGUUGGUUUUUUGGUAAUAGAAACGACAGAACUACAUAAAUAUCUGUAUAAAACAGUUUCUGUAGAGUUGUCAUUUUGAACAUUUACAUAUUUUCUAAAGAUUUUAUUUAUUUAUUUGGCAGACAGAGAUCACAAAUAGGCAGAGAGGCAGGCUGUGGGGGUGGGGGGAGCAGGCUCCCUCCUGAGCAGAGACCCGCGCCCCCCCCACCCCCAUGAGGGGCUCAAUCCCAGGGUCCUGGGAUCAUGACCCGAGCCAAAGGCAGAGGCUUUAACCCACUGAGCCACCCAGAUGCCCCCUGAACAUUUACAUUUUUGAUUGGGCUUUAUAUGUUUUAAAUCCCCUUACUUUUAGUUCGCUAAUAUUUAUUUUUGGAAAUGUAAGAAGCAUUCACUUUUGUUGGACACACUUUGAAAUGUUUUAUAUAUGCAAAGGAGAGAACUGUGUCUAAGGAAGCCACAGCUGUGAUUACUAACGCAGGACCAGAAAGAAGCUUCCUUUCUUCUGAGUUAGGCUGUCUAAAGGCAGAGGUUUCAUCGUAUUUUCAUUUUCUUCUCACCACAUUCACUCAGCUUUCCUUAGAGUGAUCUGGAAGGAUUAGAAAUUGGAUUCAGAAUUGGUAACUGAAAACAUGGUGAGAACAGCCACCUAACAGCUAUCAGCCUUUUCACAAACUGUGUGGGCACCGACGUGGACACUCACCUCAGCUAGAAGGAAAAAUCCCCGUCCUCACAUGAGCAAUACAAGCUCUUCCAAGGCAGGGCAAGAUUUUGGGUGAGGUAUCCAAGAAACUGUAUAAAUCAUUCCCCAUUUUCAUAUAUACAAUUAUUUUAGGGAUUUUACUCUCUCAAUUCUCAACCAGUAGAGCCUUUCUUUAGGAAAAAGUCAUGGAUUCUGAGUUUAGUACCCUCUGGAAAUUAGACAUUUGAUCAUUUUUUUUUAGAAGAUAUUAGAUACCUUCAAAGUAAGCAUUCAAACGGUGGGAUCAAGACUUUUUGCUUCUGGAGAGGAGCAAAGGAGGCUCUUGUCUUACGGAUCCCCAUGUCUAUCACUCUCAGGACCACAGCAGCUGUGCUCUGGGUCCGCUUCUGUCGUCAGUGCGUGAGGAAGGGAGCCAGGAAGGUGCUCACUAACUUCCCAGGAUUCACAAGCCUUUGCCAGCGUAAGGUCUGCCCCCAUGGGGCCAAACAAAUCAAAACUAUAUGAGGACCUGCAAAAGACUGUAGAGAAAGUAGAAAACGUUUACAUGUUGAAUUUUCAGUCUUCAAGUUGAAUGUGAGCUUUAGCUUGUGCUGAGCUAUUGCUCUGGACAGGUGAUCUGUUUCACAUAGAGACCUCAGUACCAGUCUAAGGCCAAUGAGGGGAAGGAUGACCAUGGGAUCAGCUGAAAGGAAACUGGGUUUGAUCCAUCGUCUUUGAGAAUAGAGGAGCUUUUGUGAAUCAGAAUGCUGUUGCUUAAAGCCAAUUAUUUGUAAAGAUGAUAGUGGUCAAUGAGCAUUAGAUUUUAUAGAUCCAAUAAGGAAAAAUAUUUUUAUUAUUAUCUCAAGGUAAUAAAACAUUUUUUUAUCUUCCGAGUGCCUCAUAGGACCAACUAUUACACUUCGGGUUUUUUGUUUUUGUGGGGUUUUUUUUUAACCUUACUGAGCUAAUGUUGACUAAAAUCCUUAGAACUUUGCCUCUGUGCAGUGAAGUGCUGUUUCUCUACCCUAAGAAAUCUAUUUGUAUAAUCUCUGGCUGUAAUGAUUACUUUGAAAGAUUUCCUUUGCAUCUGUAAUGAUUUUUUUUUUUUAAUGGAAUAAGGCAUAAGGGGAAUAAAUACAUUGCACCCAACGCUAAUUCAAACCUGUGUCCAUACAGGUCAAGUUAGCCAAAUGGAGUCAUAAGUAUUUCCCAAAUUCAUGCCUCAAACCUAUUUUUGAAAAACAGGGAGAUGGCAUUGUAGGUCACUCUUCCCUACAAACUAGGUCUGACAAGUUACUCCCUGAUCUGUUGGACAUAUUGGCUGUGUGGUUGCCCCCGUUGUCAGAAAUCUUACUUCAAAACAAAACCUGUCUUCAAAAGAGAGUUUAUGGCUCCCAGCUUUUUUGAUAGGCUUGUCCCCUCCCUGUAUUGACUUGUGGUGGGAUAGUCAUGGUCUCAACUCAACCAAAUGUAAUAUAUGCCCUAGACCCAUUUUAGAAAGGCUGACAGAGGCAUCACCAGGACAAACCAAUAGGAACUCUACAAACAUACUUGUAGCCAAAACCACACAACUGUAACAGGCCGUUUCCCAGCUGGCUGUAUACUUAGACUGCUGGGUACUGAGGAACCCUUCUGGAACCCCGACUUGGGGAUCUCUGCAGAAUGUCACAGGAGUUAGCGCCCACCUGUUUUUGAGAAGAAAACAAGGAAACUGCCCCAAGAUACAGUCAGUGGCCCACCAGCCAAAGUGUUUGCUGCUCUACACCAGUCUCUUCACUAGCCAUUUCAGAUGUGUGCCUCAGCAAGACGAUAAAUUGCUGGAGGUCAUCAAACUUCAGGAUCCCUUCUAAAUAUUCUUGAGUUGUGUGUGUCAACCUUCAGUUCCAAAGAUCUGUUGGAAUUUGGCACCAUCAGAGCUGCUGUUGAACCUGAUGGCACUGACCCUGGGGGGAACAAUCCUCAUUUUUGGAGUUCAGAAUGGGACUUGGAGACAGGUACUACUGGGCAGUAGCCCAGGAGUCGAUGAGCCUUGACCUCGGCACUGUGGUGAGGCAACAUCCUGAAUCACAGCCUGAGCUAUCUUCUACGUGUUCAGACAGACCUGUCUUAGAACAGCUUAAAAGAUCAAGAGAUCAACAGCCAGUGGAAAAUGCCUUUGCCUUUCUAUAUUCU